AUGAACGACCACGUGAUUCUCAAAUCCAAGCAAGAAAUGGACAAGAUCCAAGAGAUCACGCAGACCAAUUGGCUCUUCAAGCAGCUCACGGCGCAGCAGCGCAACGACGUCUACAAGGUCAUGGUCAAGGUCACGGUCAACGAAAACGAUGUGGUCAUUCGCCAAGGCGACCCGGGCGACCGCUUCUAUUGCGUCCAAAGCGGCGACUACCAAGUGACGGUCAAGAACGAGACGUCCAACGGCGUGCGCGAAGACAUUGUUCACGUGUACCGCGGCGACACGCAUCCGUCGUUUGGCGAACUCGCGCUCAUGCACAACGCACCGCGGUCGUCGUCGGUGAUUGCGCUCACAAAAGGUGUCUUGUGGGCCAUUGACUGCCGCGCGUUCCGACUCGUUUUCAUGAAGUCGCCGACCAACGUCAUCGUCCAGACGCUCAAGAAGGUGGACGUGCUCAAGUCGCUCACGACGACGCAGCUGGAGCGGCUCGCGACCAACUUGACCGAAAUCACGUUUGAAGACGGCGAUUACAUCAUCAACCAGGGCACAAUUGGCAACACGUUCUUUGUCAUCAAGGAAGGCGCGUGUCUCUGCACGGUGUGGGACGUCGCGCCCGGCACCACAGAGCGCACGAGCCGCGAAGUCCUUCGGCUGCGCCAGCACCAGUACUUUGGCGAGCGCGCGCUCCUCAACGACGCGCCCCGUGCCGCCAACGUCAUUAGCGUCGGCCGCACGAAAUUGCUCCAGAUCGGGCGCCAGGCUUUCGAGGAGAUUCUCGGGCCGCUCCAAAAGAUCAUUGACAACGACCGUGCGCAGCGCGAGGCCAAGCACAACUUUCAAAUCGCCGUGAGCAACCUCCGCGAACACAGCCCCGAGGCGAGCUCGGUCAAGAACGACGUGGCGCGUGGUCAGCUCAGCUUCAAGUGCGUCGCACAGACAAGCGAGGUCGGCACCCUCACGACGUUUGAAACGACGAGCAAAGUCCGGCUCACGGUCCGCGUCGUCUCCAAGCGACAGACCAAGGCCAACAACAAGAUCGAAGAGGUCAUGCGCGAAGCCGCGAUUCACAAGAGUAUGAAGCGACCCAUCUCGGUCGCGACGGUUCCCGUGUGCAUGGGCACGUGGACCGACGCCAACGGCCUCUACAUGGCGUUUAACUCCAACAUGGUGUGCGACAUUGCCGGGUUGAUGCUCGACGCCGAAACCAAAUUCUCGGAAGACGUCGUGCGGCAGUACGCGGCGCAGCUGCUCAUUGGUCUCGAGACGCUGCAUGAUGUCGGGAUUGUGUACCGCAACAUGAACCCGGAAAACAUCAUGCUCGACGACAACGGCUACGUCCAGCUGCACGACUUUCGGUAUGCCAAGCAGAUUGACGAUCUGCGCACUUACACGCUGUGCGGCACGGCCGAGUACACGGCGCCCGAGAUGGUGUCGGCGCAAGGCCAUAGCUUUGGCGUCGACAUUUGGGGCCUCGGCAUCCUCAUCUACGAGAUGCUCUACGGCAUCACACCGUUUGCGUGCGACGACUUGGAGAACGACAAGGAUGUGGUGCUCGCUGUCUACUCGAAAAUCUCACGCUACGACCGCAAGGACCUUGUCUUCCCAGGCACGGAAGAUCGCUCGAAAGAGGUGACGGACCUCCUCUUUCAGAUUCUCAACCAGAGCCCGAGCUGCAAGCUCGAUGGCGUAGGCAGCGGCAAGACCACGUACUGCAAUGGCAUGCAGCAGUACCUCCAGGCGGCCGGCCGCGACGUCGCGGUCGUCAACAUGGACCCUGCGAACGAGCAACUACCAUAUCCUUUUCUUCGCCACCCGUCCGACAUUGACAUCAUGGAGCUCGUCUGCCUUGAAAACGUCAUGGACGAACUCAACCUUGGCCCGAACGGCGGUCUGGUCUACUGCAUGAACUACAUUGACGAGCACUUUGACUGGCUGGCGGAGCGCCUCGGGCGACUCCAAGAAAAGUACAUUUUAUUCGACUUUCCCGGUCAAGUUGAGCUGUACACGCACGAAGUCAGCGUGCACAACAUCCUCCAGAAGCUCCAGAAGCUCCAUUACCGGAUAUCGGUCGUGCACCUUGUCGACGCGCACCACUGCACGGACAGCUCCAAGUUCAUUUCGGUCGUGCUUCUCAGUCUCUCGUCCAUGGUGCGCCUCGAGUUGCCGCAUAUCAACGUCCUCUCCAAGAUGGACCUGAUCCAGCAGUAUGGCAACCUCGCGUUCAGCCUCGAGUUUUACACGGACGUAUUGGAUUUGCGCUACCUCCUCGACCGUCUCGAAGCGCAGGAGUUUGGUGAGCUCCACGAAGACGACGACGACCCGUAUGCGCUCCCAGCAAACGACCUCCCGCACGCUGUCCGGUGCAAGCAAAAGCUCCGCGAGAAAUUCCGCCGCAUGAACGAAGUGCUCAUCGAGGUGAUCGAAGACUUUAGCCUCGUCAGCUUUGUGCCGCUCCAGAUCGAAGACGUCGAGAGCCUCCAGCGCGUGACGCAGACCAUCGACAAGUCGAACGGCUACGUCUUUAGCGACAAGCCCGCGGGCGGCAUCUUCAAGGACUCGGACCUGCAGUCCGAUCGCAUCGGCGACAUGGAGGAGAAAUACAUGCGCUGA